AUGGCGCCCCCCUCACGCCAUAUAGCAGGCAGACUGCUCUCCUCACCCUUUAUAUCGGUACUAUGCCUCUUCUACCUCUUCAGCUCUACCGCACUGGCUGCGUCUGCAGUUCUGGGAGUCGAUCUCGGCACCGAAUACAUCAAAGCAGCUCUCGUUAAACCCGGGAUCCCCCUCGACAUUGUCUUGACCAAAGACUCGCGGCGGAAAGAAAUGUCCGCCGUGGCUUUUAAGCCCUCGAAGAAUAUCAAGAGUGGAGAGUUCCCUGAACGAGUUUAUGGUUCCGAUGCUAUAGCCCUGGCUGCUCGAUUUCCUGGAGAUGUGUAUCCAAAUUUGAAGACCCUCCUCGGACUGAGAGUAGACAACUCUGUGGUUAAGGAAUAUGCUUCGCGGCACCCCGCAUUGAAGCUAGAGGCCGAGAAGAUAAGAGGUACUGCGGCUUUCGGAAGUGGCGCUUUUGCUGCAGAUGAGGAAGCAUGGACGGUCGAGGAAAUAUUGGCUAUGGAGCUCCAAAGCAUACAGAAGAACGCCGAAGCUCUCGCCGGAAAGGGCAGCGUGAUAAAAGACUUGGUAAUAACAGUCCCAGCGUUCUAUACUGCAGAAGAAAGACGAGCAGUGAUAUUAGCAGCAGAUUUGGCAGGUCUUCGAGUGUUGGAAUUGAUCAGUGACGGACUGGCUGUUGGUGUGAACUACGCCACAACUCGGACCUUCAAAAGCAUCAACGAAGGUGGAAGCCCGGAAACUCACAUGGUAUUCGAUAUGGGUGCUGGAUCCACCAAGGCUACGAUUUUGAAAUUCCAAGGACGAACCGUGAAGGAUGUUGGAAAGUACAACAAGACCAUUCAAGAGGUACAGGUUCUGGGCAGUGGAUGGGACAGGACACUUGGUGGUGACGCUCUCAAUGCGGUCAUCGUGGAUGACAUGAUCGCCAAGUUCAUCGCAUCACCCGCAGCAAAGAGCAUCUCGCCCACCAUCGAAGCUGUGCAAGAUCAUGGACGAGCCGCUUCAAAGCUCUUGAAAGAGGCCGAACGAUUAAGGCAAGUACUCAGCGCCAAUGCCAAUACUCAAGCAAGCUUCGAGGGUCUGUAUGAAGACGUUGACUUCCGGUACAAGAUCUCUCGAGCGGAAUUUGAGAAACUCACUGAAUCAUAUGCGGCUCGUAUUGCUGUUGCAAUGCAGAAAGCACUAGACGUAGCCGGUCUCAACGUCAAGGACAUCGACUCGGUUAUCCUACAUGGUGGUGCCACUCGAACACCAUUUGUCCAAAAGGAGCUAGAAAAGUUCAUUGGCAAAGCUGAUAAGCUUCGAACCAACGUCAACUCCGACGAGGCUGCUGUAUUUGGUGCCGGAUUCAGGGGGGCUGGUCUCAGUCCAUCGUUCAGAGUGAAGGAGAUCAGAGCUUCUGAAGCUGCAGCAUAUCCAGCUGGCAUCAAGUGGACCAACAUUUAUGACAAGCCACAGCACCAAAGAUUAUGGCAAGCCACCUCUUUUCUUGGUGCUGAAAAGCAGUACAGUUUCAAAAACCAGAAAGACUUCUCUAUCAACUUUUACCAGCACGUUCCAUCUGCCGAGAAUGUCUCUCCUGGUUCAGCCGAAAAGGAAAUUUUGACCCUGACAACUCAAAACCUCACCGAGUCAGUCGCUAUACUCAAAGAAAAGUUCGGAUGCAACGAUGACGGAAUUAACGUGAAGCUCAGCACUCGAUUGAGUACAAGCAACGGGCAGGUAGAAAUUGUCAAGGCUGUUGUCGACUGCGAGGUCGAGGAAUUAGAAGAGAAAGAGAGUGUGAUUGACAAUGUCAAAAACAUGUUUGGAUUUGGAAAGAAGGACCAAGCACCGUUAUCAGAUGACGAGGAUUUGGCUGAAUCCAUUUCCUCCAGCUCUACAAAAACCUCCAGUAGCUCCACCUCCACUUCUGCCUCUGCGUCUCCAUCCGCCAAGGAUGCCAAAGACACCAAGUCCAAGGACUCGAAAGAUGCCAAGCCGAAAAUCACGAAGCGCUUCGAGGUCAUUCCAUUGAAGUACAGUACUGAAAUCAGAGGCCUUCCGCAAUUACCUACAUCAGAAAUCGCACGAAUGAAGAACCGCAUCGUGGCCUUUGAUGACUCCGAUCGUUCCCGUCGUUUACGAGAAGAGGCUUUGAACCAACUUGAAGGCUUCACCUAUAAAGUCAGAGAUUUGCUCGAUUACGAAGAGUUCAUAGCAGCAUCUACUGCCGAAGAGCGAGCAACUCUGGAGGCCAAGUCCGCAGCAGCCAGUGACUGGAUCUACUCGGGUGGCGCUGAAGCUAGCCGGGAGGAACUGAAGGCUAAGUUGAAAGAAAUGAAAGAUAUUGUCAACCCAAUACAAACACGAAAAGAUGAAGCCGUAAACCGACCAGAGCAUUUGAAGGCUCUCCAAGAAGCUCUAAACUCAACACAAACUAUAAUCGCCGGCAUCAAGGAUCAAAUUGCCAACGACACUAAAGCCCACGCCUCCUUCAGCGCCUCAAAGUCAAGCGCCGCGUCCGCUUCGACAGAUUCAGCCACACCAUCUCCAUCGUCAGUAGACGAUUUUGCAGACCUCGAAGACGAACCGUCUACGGAAACGGUCUCGUCUCCACCAGAAGAAGCCACACUCGCCCCUCCAGUCUACACCGAAGCAGACCUAGCGCACCCCCAAUCACUCUACGUCUCCAUCUCCUCCUGGCUUACCACCAAGCUCACUGAGCAAGAAGCCCUCGCCAUAACCGCGGACCCCGUGCUACUCACCAAAGAUAUGGCUGCUAAAGCAAAAGAAUUGCAAGAUAUGCAAGUCGAGCUCGCGAUGAAGAGCAUAAGACAGCCCCCCAAAUAUAAUCGUCCGACUACCAAGUCUAAGAAACAGUCCAAGCCCAAGAAAACCAAGACGAAGAGUAAGUCUGGGGGCAAAAAGACUGGCUCGGCAGAAAAGCCAGAGAAUACAUUGGAGUUUAACGAUGAGGGCAUGCCAAUGUUUAAGGUUGGCGAGGAUGGCGAGAUGCCGUCUGAGGAGGAGAUUAUGAAGUGGUUCGAGAAAAGCAAGGCGGAGCAGGCAAAAAAUGAGGAGGCUGAGGAAAAGCCUACGACGAAAGAUGAAUUGUAG